GCUCCCAACCGUUGACAACAUGCGCAUUUCCCUAGUAUCGUCACUGCUUUCAGUAUUCUCGAGCUCCGUGGUACUCGCCCUGAAAACCCCGCCGCUAUUCAGCGUUCAGGAAUCCCAUUUGGGAGGACCCGAUUCUGUCAUACUAGGCGAUGUGAUGGUGCCAGUGCAUCUGGGUGUCAUGAGUCGCUGUCCAGACGCUCUCCUCUGCGAGAGCGUUUUCGACGAGGUCCUUGGGGUUGUGGGAGACAAGGUCGAGCUAUCCUUAGUCUUUGUUGCUCGAAUCGACCCUUCCCAGCCUGACGGCGUGAAAUGUCUCCACGGCGCCGUGGAAUGCGCGGCCAACACUCAGCAACUCUGCGCAGCGAAAUAUAACCCCUUUUCCAAAUGGUGGGCAUUCGUCCAAUGUGGAAACUAUCACGGGAAGGACAAAAUUGGCUUGCCUGAAACCGUUUCAACUUGUGCAAAGGCAGCAGAGAUAGAUUGGGAAGGUAGCGGAGCUGCUCAAUGUGCCGGAAAGGAUGGCAGAGGGGAAGAAGGGCUGCAACUAUUGAAGGACAGCAUUCAUUUGGGCAACGAGUUCAACAUUCAGAAAAGCUGCACGGUGUUGAUUAGUGGGCGAAAGAUCUGCGUCCAUGAUGGAACGUGGAAGGAAUGCGAGAACGGCCAUAGUGUUCAGAAUUUCGUUGACCAAAUCGAGGAAGAAUAUCGGCGGCUGAACAGCCUCUGACAUUCGACGAGCAGGGUUGUAAAGGCGACGAGCGAGGUGCAGGAGUCAGGGGACAUGCUGGGUGUAUAUGGCGACAAGACGGUUGGAA